AUGGGUAACGAUGAUGCCGUUUAUCUGGCCAAGCUCGCCGAGCAGGCCGAGCGCUACGAAGAGAUGGUUGAGAACAUGAAGAUUGUCGCCUCCGAGGACCGCGAUUUGACUGUCGAGGAGCGUAAUCUACUCUCCGUCGCUUACAAGAACGUCAUCGGUGCCCGCCGUGCCUCCUGGAGAAUAGUCACUUCUAUCGAGCAGAAGGAGGAGUCCAAGGGAAACUCCUCCCAGGUUACCCUCAUCAAGGAGUACCGUCAGAAGAUUGAAGAUGAGCUCGCCAAAAUCUGCGAAGACAUUCUCGACGUCCUUGACAAGCACCUGAUUCCCUCUGCCAAGUCUGGCGAAUCCAAGGUCUUCUACCACAAGAUGAAGGGUGACUACCACCGCUACCUUGCCGAGUUUGCGACUGGCGACAAGCGCAAGGAUUCGGCCGACAAGUCCCUCGAGGCUUACAAGGGUGCCACCGAUGUUGCCCAGAGCGAGCUUCCUCCUACUCACCCCAUCCGUCUGGGUCUUGCCCUCAACUUCUCCGUCUUUUACUAUGAGAUCCUCAAUGCUCCUGAUCAGGCUUGCCACCUCGCCAAGCAGGCCUUCGACGAUGCCAUUGCUGGUAAGCCCGCCUCCAUGACUUCAGCUCAGCUAGUGCACCCGACUGACGUUCUCACAGAGCUUGAUACCCUGAGCGAGGAGAGCUACAAGGACUCGACCCUCAUCAUGCAGCUCCUCCGCGACAACUUGACCCUCUGGACUUCCUCCGAGGCCGAGACUGCCCCCGCCGCCGAGGGUGCCUCCAAGGAGGAGCCCGUCGCUGCCGAGGAGCCCAAGGCCGAAGAGCCCAAGGCUGCCGAGUAA